UCUCUCUCUCUCUCUCUCUCUCUCUCUGAGUUAAGAGUCUCAAGAGACAUGGAACCUGCUCAGCCCACAUCAACCUUCAGCAACCCACCACCACCAGAAACACCAGUAUUGGAGAAUGAUGAAGCAGAAUACGGCCAAUAUGACUGUGAUGAGUAUCUGAUACCAAAACCAUCAGAGUGGUUCCCAAAGCUUGUAUCUUUUCAAGCAGAUUUAAUUUACAACUGCAUGGCCACUCUGUCUGCCCCCAUUUUUUCCCUCUUGUCUGUGGCCUCUGAGUCUUACCACCAAGUCGAGCAGACCAAAGACACCGUUGAAUCCGCCGUCCACCAGGUUCCCUCUACCCUCACACAUGGCAGCACCAUCCUCCUCAAGAAGCUUGGUUUUGGGUUGCUUGGGGCUGCUUAUGUCUGUAUGGUUUUGGUCAUGGUUUUGAUUCUAUCUUUUCUUUUGGGUGUUGGGUUGGUCAAUCUUUGGGUGGAGGAGCCUGUGUUUGUGAGAGACAGGUUGCACUUUGAUUACACUGACCCUCAUCCAACGGCUGUCUUUGCUUUUGGUGGGGUUCCUGUUGGACACACUUUUUAUGUCUCUUUGGUCCUAUUGAUGCCUGAAUCUGAUUUCAACAGGGGCAUUGGGGUCUUUCAGAUGAGUGCAGAACUAUUAUCAGUGAAUGGUGAUGUGAUUGCAAAGUCAAGCCAGCCCUGCAUGUUACGAUUUAUGAGCCUCCCGGUUAGACUCACACGAACAUUUCUUAUGGGCGUACCGUUGCUACUAGGAAUCUCUGGAGAAACCCAGAAGUUAGCCAUGCAAAUACUCGAGCAUAAGGAAGGGCAUUUUCCAAGAACCCAAGCCAUAAGAGUAACUUUAUUACCAAGAGCUGGAACCUCGUAUCUUCCCCAGUUGUACGAGGCUGAAAUUUUAUUGAAAUCCCAGCUGCCUUGGAUGAAACAUUUGGUGCGCAGUUGGAAGUUGACUUUUUACGUCUGGACCUCUUUAUAUACCUAUGUUUUGUUCCUCAUAAUUCUCAUACUUUUCUGCAAACCACUCUUGCUGCCAAUGACAAUGAUCACAGCUACUGCCGCAGCAAAUGUCAGUGACCAAAGUUACACCGAGACACAAUCACAAGCCACAUCUCGACCACGACCACGACGACGCCAUAGUAGGGAAUCACAAGCCCAAUCUAGAGACGUUGAAAGUGAGGAUGUUCAAGAGUUGUUGAGGAAAUGGCAACGCAGCAGAAGCAAAAGAAAGGCAAUGUAUUUGCAACCUGGGGAUUUGGAUUUGGGAGCUGCAGAAACUAUUGGCUCAUCUGCAGCCUCAACAAUUAGUAUUACCAGAGAAGAUGCAAGUGUAGCCGCUGAAGAUGUUGGGGACUUGGAAUCAGUGUGUUUAUAAGGCUUGAGAGAGCCGGACCUUAAGUUGAAUCUUGAAUGCUUUUGUAUAAUGACAGCUUUGCUUUGCUGGAUGGCAGGGCAUGUAGAUUAUGUAUGCACUUGUUACCUUCAGUUAAUU